CACAACUGUAUCUUUCUAUCAAUGACGUGGACUUUCAUUGUAAGAAUUUACUGCAGCCUCGCUGCUUUACACACAAUAUAUUUGUCUGCGAUAUAAUUGCAUGCUACGACUAUUUUGACAAUUGUCUAUAAAGUAGUCAUUAUUGUAGUAUUUAUUCGUAGGAAUAGAAGGUCUGAGACGUUUGAAAACGGUGGUGAUUUCUCAGUGAAACAGCCCCCCACCCAAAACUCAGGAUGAGUAAAAACAAGGUGUUGAAUCUGAAGGACAAAGUCGAUGGCAACGAGAUGGAUCUGAGCCUCUGUAACCUCACUGAAGUUCCUGUUAAAGAACUGGCUGCCUUCCCGAAAGUUACAGUCCUGGAUCUGUCCUGCAACAACAUCACCUCCCUGCCUCUGGAGUUCUGCAGCCUGAGCCACCUGGUCAAGGUGGACCUCAGUAAGAACCAGCUGACUGUUCUACCUGAUGAUCUGGGUCGCCUUGGCAACCUGCAACACCUGGAUCUGUACAACAACAAGCUGACCAUUCUGCCGGUCAGCUUCUCACAGCUCAAGAACCUGAAGUGGCUGGAUCUGAAGGACAACCCUCUGGAAAUCAACCUGGCCAAGGCUGCAGGAGACUGUCUGGAUGAGAAACAGUGUAAACAAUGUGCUGCCAAGGUUCUCCAGCACAUGAGGAUCCUUCAGGAAGAGGUAGACAAAGAGAGGGAGCGGCGCCUCCUAAAGGACAAAGAACUGGAAAAGAAGAAAGAGACGAAACAGAGAGAGAGGGAGGCGAAAGAGAGGGAGGCUCGUAAACGAGAGAAGGCAGAGGGGAAGGAGAGGAAGAGGAAGGAGUACAACGCUCACAUGGCUGCCUUAGCUGUCCAGGAACAGAAGAAUAAGAGAAAGGAGGAGAAGAAAAAGCGGAAUGGACAGAUGGCAGCAGAUAAGAAAGCAGCAGCUGAAUCCACCCCCAAAGCCCAAAGACGUUCUCUCAUUGGCCUGCUUUUCAAGCUCCUCCUCCUGGUGCUGCUGGGAUUGGCUGGAGUUGUCGGGGUAUGUCAUCUGACCGGGCUAAAGGAGGAGGCAGUAUGCGCGCCAAUCAACAUUGCUGUGGAUGACGGCCUAUCCUGGAUCCGGGAACAGGAAGUAGAUGUGAGGGUCAGAGAGCUGGUACAGGAAGUUGAUAUCAGAGCCAGAGAGCUGCUGCAGAAACUAACCUCUCUGGCGCCGCAUUUCCUCGAACCGCUCGGCGUCGCACCCACGGCAACGGAACCUGUGGAAACGUUAGAAAACUAAGGAAGGAAGGAAGGUAGGACUGACGAGAAAAAAAGAAAGAUAGACGACCAGCUUAAAUUCCUAUGGAAUUGUCCUUUCGUCGCUCCUGGUUUCCUCUGUUUUGUACGCUCUCUUUUUAACCAGUGGCUGUCUGCGUCACAAGUUACUCACACCCUAGUCUCACACCCUAGUUCCCUAAAGUGUGGGACUCUAUUGCAAAGUAGUGCACUAUUAAAAAGGGAAUAGGGUGUGAUUGGAGGCUUUCCCUGUGACUCAUGUGCACACUCCCAAGUCAACCCCCAGCCCCUACUACCCCCUAGGCACGGUAGAUCUGAAAGGUCUGGAUAAGUGUAUUCAAUAUGGUGGAAAGCGCAAACUUGCCCAUCACAGGGCAAGGUCAAGAUACAAUAUAUAUACCACACCUGUCUAUUCCUUUCAUAUCUACACAGGUGCACAGGACGUAAAGGGUAGGGGUUGAUUUGGGAUUGGGCAAUAGUAACAGACUCCGUCUGUGCUGCAUCAAAGUCUUAAGAGUCCAACUGGGCCUCCCGAGUGGCGCAGCGGUCUACGGCACUGCAGUGCUAGAGGCGUCACUACAGAUCUGGCUUAGAUCCCUGGCUGCGACCGGGAGACCCAUGAGGCGGCGCACAAUUGGCCCAGCGUCGUCCGGGUUAGGGGAGGCUUUGGCCGGAUGGGAUGUCCUUGUUCCAUUGCGCUCUAGCGACUCCUCGGUCGUCAGUUGCACAGUGUUUUUUCCAACACAUUGGUGCGGCUGGCUUCUGGGUUAAGCGGGCAGUGUGUCAAGAAGCAGUGCGGCUAGGCAGGGUCAUGUUUCGGAGGACGCAUGGCUGUCCAUGGCUGGCCUCUCCCGAGUCCAUAGCGAGUUGCAGCGAUGGGACAACUUUAUAACGACCAAUUGGAUAUCACGAAAUUGGGAGGCAAAAGGGGUAAAAUAUUAUUCUUUAUUUUUUAAAUAGACUCCAACUGCCAAUCAGAGACCGGUAUUGGCCAGAAUUUGAGCCAAUCAGAUCAUAAUAUAAAUGGUAUCUGUGGUUGGUUGGGGCAGUCUGAGCAUGUGCAGUGAGGCUGUAAAUAUGGAGUAAUCCUGUGUCUUCCAUCUGGGGCAAGUUGGCUGCAUUCAUUUUUGUAACGCUACAUCUCUGCUCAAGGACUGUCAACAUUAAUAAAUGCCUUUAAGCUGGA